CCCACUCCCUCCCCUCCUUGCUUCUCCCGCUCCACUGCGAGAUUUCGACAACUUUCCUCCUUUCUCUUUGCAGUCUCGAGAUUGCCGACUCUUUCGUCCUUCUCUUCCCUCUUUCUUUCUUUCUUUCUGGGCGUUUCUUUCUGUUUUACUGUUGGCAUGGAUUCGUAUCCUUCAGCUAUUCCAUUUUGAGCUUCCGGGUGAAAUCCUUCUCGAUUCCUUGCCUAUCUCCUUUGGAAUUUUCUGAAUUCUUUCUGGAUUUCUUUAAGAAGCGCUUGCUCUGUUUCUUCUCCGAAACCGGGAGUCUUCUGCGGCGAUUUUGGGAUUGGAAAAAAGUUCCCUUUUUGAUCAUCGGUUCCUUUCGUUAACUCGUUUUCAGGUGUGAAUUUCGCGUCUCGGAGAGGAAUUAGGCUUCGGGGACACCGGGAUUCGGUCGUGGUUUUUUUUUUUUCUAAUCCCCACCUUUCCCUCUCUUUCUUCUUUCUUUUCUUUUGUUUUUUUCCCCUUCUUUUGGUGGUGGUGGCAGCUGGUAGGGUUUUUAUGGGGUUUAAUAGGUUUUAAAGAAACCAUUCCAUUCCCAAGGUUUAAUUUUUCUUAUAUUUUUCAUUGAAUUGGAUUGGGGUUGCCCCAACAGCAACUUAUGAAUACCAUAUAUUUUCUGUGAAGGUGGGGUUUUAGGGUUUUAGCAAAGUGGAAAUUUUGCAUCCAUUUCUCCGUUUCCUUCUUCAUCUGAAGGUUUCUGAUAACUAGAGGAAGACAACUGCAUCUGGGUUUAGGGUUUUAGGACCAUCUGGUUUGAUGUCCAGUCCCAUCCCCAUCCAACUGAUAGGAUUCUAAGCUCCAUAGACUCUGCAAUCACUAUUCUAUAGCUUCUUCAAGAAACGAUGUCUUCGUGCCUCAGCGGCGGCAGCCGACCCUAUGGAUUCGAUCUCGAUAUCGUGAAAUCCUCCUCCUCCUCCUCAGCCCGGUCCUCCCACACCUCCUCUCCUUCCUCCACCCUCUCGGAGUCGAGCCACUCCUCGCGCACCAUCUCCAUCAAGAGGGCUCGAACGCCUCGUAAAAGGCCUCACCAGACCUACAAUGAGGCUGCCGCCCUCCUCUCCACCGUAUACCCUAACAUCUUCUCCACCAAGAGCUCCAGGAACAUCUCCAAGCAAGCCAAGCUAUUCGACUCCUUUCCCGAAUCUUGCUCUGAACUCCUCCCUCCCUUCCCCGUCCCCAGCGAUGCCGCAUUCCUCAUCCGCGAGUCGUCCCCUGAGAAACCAGCCGUUCGAAUCGAGCCCAAGCUGAAGAGUUCCUUCGAGAAGAAGUGCACGGGCUCGGUGAGAAAUGAAUUCCAAGAGCCCUCCUCUCCUGACCCUCUUGAGGAGGACUUUGAUGCGGAAUCUAUCCUCGAUGAGGAGGUCGAAGAGGGCAUCGAUAGCAUCAUGGGCAACCUUAGCAUGAACACCACCACCAAUGCCGACAACAAGGACGAAUGCGCCGAUUACAAUUCCCACAUCAAUCCCUACCUUCGGAGCCUGAUGGGGUUCGGCUUAGGCAGCAAGUUCGAGCUCGGCUUUGGAUUUCAGUUCCGAAGAGACGUGCAGCGGGCAUUGAGGCAUUCCGAUGAUGGGGAAUGGUGGAGGUCUCCGGCUGUUCCCAUGCAAGAGAUUGUCCCUAAAUUUAAGACCUCGACGCCGUCAUCGGAGAAGAAGAAGAAGAAGAAAAAGAAGGUGGAGAAGGAGGAAGUGGGGGACAUGCAGACCACCACCACAAUCACCAUCACCACGACCACCAAACAGGAGAACUUGAAGUCUGGUUUGGGCCUCAAAUUGAACCAUGAGGAGGUCCUCCAAGCAUGGUCUGGCCAUGGGUCCGUAUUUGCCGAAGGGCCCGACUCGCCUCAUUCCUCUGCCGAAGCUCUUGCUAAGCUAGCAGACAUCGAUCUGUUUCCAGAGGCCGGCAGCGGCGCCGGUGGGAUGCGGGAGGCGAGUGUGCUAAGGUACAAGGAGAAGCGGAGGAGCCGACUCUUCUCCAAGAAGAUCCGCUACCAGGUCCGAAAGGUGAAUGCCGACCAACGGCCCCGGAUGAAGGCAAGUGGUCGGUUUGUUAAAAGGCCUUCUCUUCUCCAGCAAGCGUUAGAGGAAGAGAGCCAAUAGAUGCAUGUCUUUGGAGGAAUACAGUACUUUUGUUCAAGCUUGUGAAGUUUUUGAUAUGGAUGGAAUAGAGAGAAGCUUUUUGAUGAAUUUUGAGAGGCACCAAAAUGGGAGGUUUGAACUUUGAAGUGAAUGUGGAGAAAAGAAUUAAAUUCAAUAAAUUUUGCCUUAUAUUAUUCUUAAAACUUUUCUUUAUUUGCUACUAGUUCUUUAUUAUCUGGCGGUUUAGGAGUGGAUGUUAGGCGCCAAGCAUCUGUGUUUAUGUAAUGGUGUGGUUAUAGAGGGAAAGCUCAUCUCAUCAUUUUCUUGCAACCAAUUUAGUGUUAUCAACUUAUCAUACUGGUUGGCUGGG